CUUUAGAAACUUGUCUUGAAGACUUACAACGAGAGUAUAACUCCUUCUCAGAAGCUCAUAACUCUUUGGAACAACUGAACAGCAACUGGUCAGAACAAAAUAUGCAACAGAAGACCAAAAUAGAAUCAAUGCAGAAAGAACUCGACGAACACAGUGCACGUCUGGCCGAAGAUGAAAAAAACAUUCAAGCACAGAAAGGAAUCGAAGAAAAGUUAAAGAAAACUCAUUCAGAUGAGCUUGAAAGUCAGACACACCGAGCAGAUUCAUUGCAGAGUAGAUGUAAAACAAUGCAAGAAAGAGUUAAGGAUUUGGAAAACGAGAUCAUAAACAAAACAAACGAAAAAGUUGAAAGAAAGAGGGAGUUUACAGACACCACUUGUCAAACCGAAGACAGCUUUUAUGAGCAAGCCUCAUCGCUACAUCAUAAACUGCUGCAAGCUGAACAGAGCUUCAAAGCUCAAGUGAAAAGGACCGAACAUUUGGAAAUUCAGUGCACUGUGCUGAAAGAAAGGGUCGCUGAGUUGUUUCAGGAAGCAAUACAUAAAGAUGGAAAGAAAGUGAAAACUAAGGAAAACAUUUCCAUUACAGUUUCGACUGAUAACACGUCUAAG